UCCAGUAUAACGGCAUUAGGGAGCGCUCUUUCCGCACCAGGGUCCCAGGCCAGCCACAGCGCGAUAGUCGCUGCAGAUUUGACCUGUGACUCUUUUCUUGAUGGCCUUCUUAAGGACGGAAUGUCACUGUACAUGCAGCCGAGGCUGGCCUUGGACUCCCAGCAGUUCUACCUAGUACUACCCAGGAGCGAGCUACCACCCCGCGCAUCUACUCCCUGGUUUCUUUGGGUAAUUUGCCUCGCUUCCAACAGCGACGCAGGAGCUUUGCUCACUGUCACAGCCUGCUCCCCAGUUGGAGGGAUAGGCUGGUGUAGCCCUACCCCGCCAGAAGGCCGGAAGACAGGCGACCAAGUGGAGCAUCGUGCCACCAGUGUCUGGGGCACAGGUCCUUGUUAUGCCAAGAUCGCAGGGACCCCCAAAAGACCACCACGGGGACCGAAUCCCGCGUGUAAAAGCAAAGAGCCUUUAUUUCAAGUUCCAGAGCUUGGUCCCUCUGUCUGUCCGACCCAGGGGUGAGAGCCGAGAGCCCUGAGCUGAGGUGGUCCAAGUUAACAGCAAGCACGUUGGAAUCUGUUGCCAUCACUGUCUCGCUGGAAGUUUCUCAUGCUCGUGAACCCACUGAGGAAAUGGACUUGGAUCAACUGGACCUAAACCCCAGAAUUACUGCUGCAAUUAAGAAGGGUAGACUGAAGUCCGUGAAGGAGGUUCUGUGCUACUCGGGCCCAGACUUGCAGCGGCUCACCAGCCUGCCCACGCACGAUGUGCACUACCUGCUCAAAGUGGCCUCCCGACACCUUCAGGGCGGCCGUGUCCUUACAGCGCUGCAGCUGUUCCAGCAGAGGGAGGGCUUCCCCGAGCAGCAUCGACGCCUGAGCCUGGGCUGCCCGGUCCUGGAUCAGUUCCUGGGUGGCGGCCUGCCCCUGGAGGGGAUCACUGACCUGGCUGGCCGGAGCUCGGCCGGGAAGACGCAGCUGGCGCUUCAGCUCUGCCUGACCGUGCAGUUCCCACGACAAUAUGGAGGCCUGGAGGCUGGGGCCGUCUACAUCUGCACAGAGGAUGUCUUCCCCAGCAAGCGGCUGUGGCAGCUCAUUGAACAUCAGCAGCAGCUGCGGACAGAUGUGCCUGGGGAGGUGGUCCAGAAGAUCAAGUUCAGCAACCACAUCUUCGUUGAACAUGCGGCCGACGUGGACGCCUUGCUGGAGUGUGUGAGGAGGAGGGUCCCCAUUCUGCUCUCAAGGGGAAUGGCCCGUCUGGUGGUGGUCGACUCUGUGGCAGCCCCGUUUCGCUGUGAGUACGAUGCUCAGGCCUUGGCCACCAGGGCCAAGCGCCUGCAGUCACUGGGGGCCGCGCUCCGAGGACUGAGCAGCACCUUCCGGAGCCCUGUGCUGUGCAUCAACCAGGUGACAGAAAUGGCGGAGGAGUCCACGCCCAGGCCUCUGGGGGCCUGGGAUGAGCACCUCUCGCCAGCCCUGGGCAUCACCUGGGCCAACGAGCUCCUGAUGAGGCUGAAGGUUGACCGGGUGCAUGAGGCGGCCGCCGCCGCGGGGGGCCUGCCCCGAAGCCCGGCUCGGACCCUCCAAGUGCUCUUCGCCCCGCACCUGCCCCUCUCCUCCUGUUGCUACACUGUCGGUGGGGAAGGCAUUAGAGGGGUACCAGGAACUGAGUCCUGCUAACAGCGGCGCCAGAGGAUCACCUGACAGGUCCCAGGAAACCCCGGUUCUGAUGAGUCCUCCCAACAGUGUCGGCGGCACCGGUGAACAGAUGGAUACCCAGACCACUGGAAAACCCAGCUCUUUACAUUAUGAUUCAUAACAGUAUCAAAAUAACAGUCAUGGAGCAGCAGUGAAGUAACUUUAUGGUUGGGGUCACCAAGACACGAGGACGGUAUUUAAGGGUCGCAGCGUCAGGAAGGUGGGAAACCACUGGUUUAGGGGAUGAAUGGCCAGCCAGGGGCCCUAGCAGUCUGAGGGUGUCUGCUUGGGAACCCCAGAAUGACCAGGCUCAGCUCUUGCCUCUUGUGCUUUCUGCCUGGGACUGAGUCAGCAGCUGGUCUGGUGGGGCCUCCUGCAGGGUGGUCUCAACCCAAACAGGCAGGGAUGCUCACCACUCAGGCCAAGUGAGGCACGCAGUGAGGGACUUCCUGCUGUGCCCUCCCCACACAUACACAGCAUGGUGGGGCAGAGGAGAAAACAAGCUGACCUCAGGCCCUGCUUCCAGAACAGUCUCGGGGAAGGAGGUAGGACUGUCCUAGCCUGGCUGCCUCAGGCCGAGCAGCUUCCAGCCACUUAAGAGAGACAGCAGGAAACGGGUCUGUGUCCUUGCCGAGGCCUGGCUAAGUAUGUCCAGCAACUCUGGCUUGGCAGUACGUCCAGGCUGGGGGGCACCACGAGCAUGCCACAGGACCACGGACACGCUCAGCAGAAGGCACCUCCUGGUGACAUCUGCUCUGGACCCCAGGAUCACCACUUCUGGACUUGAGGCUCUACAGUCACCAAGGAAUGUGGCCUCUGGAGACAGGGCUUUGAUCCUUCCUGGCAGCACAGGCCUCCUCCGGCAAACGUGCCGUUGCUCCAGUGGCGUGGAGCUCCAAACCUUCAACGCUACCUGCGGCCCCCACCCCUUUUUUGGCAGUUCUGGAGACUGAACCUAGGGUCUCCCCUGUGCCCAGCCCCACCUGCUGUCUGGAAGGCUGAGGACACCGGCCUGAGUGAUGGGACACAUCUGCUUGGGGUGGGAGUGGUCUAUACAAAACAGCCUCUCUGCAAAACUGGAGGGCUUCAUAUCAGAAAAUAAAACUAUUUUUAUAACAAA